UUUGGGUAUUCCUUGUGGCCCAGUAAAUGGACCCGACCCGAUCCAUAGUUCCAGCUCCCCAGCGAGGAGCGAGCUGUAGGAUUAUGGAGGAUCGUUUGUGGUUUGCCCUAGCAGGUUGAAUCUAAUUCCAGUCUAUUUUUCUGCCAAAUUUAUCGAAAUUUUCAAUGAAAAUGGUGAACUUUGGAGCAAGGUCAUGGCUUUGUAGAGCCUUGUCAACUAUUCCUUCAAAUCCACUACGUGUUUGUGUAGUGGGAAGUGGACCUGCUGGUUUCUACACUGCUGAGAAAAUGCUGAAGGCUCACCAACAGGCACAGGUUGAUAUUAUUGAUCGCUUGCCCACUCCUUUUGGAUUAGUACGCUCCGGCGUAGCACCGGAUCAUCCUGAAACUAAAAUUGUGGUCAACCAGUUUUCACGGGUUGCACUGAACGAUCGCUGCUCGUUCUUUGGGAAUGUCACACUCGGAUCCUCUGUUUCUCUCGCUGAUCUCCGUCAGCUUUACGAUGUAGUUGUGCUUGCCUAUGGUGCUGAAAGUGACAGAGUUCUUGGCAUUCCUGGAGAAGAUUUGAAUGGGAUCUAUUCAGCUAGAGAAUUUGUAUGGUGGUAUAAUGGUCAUCCAGAUUGCAGAUUCCUCAAUCCUGACCUGAAAAGUACUGAUACAGCUGUAAUUCUUGGUCAGGGAAAUGUGGCUCUUGAUGUUGCACGUGUUCUUCUAAGACCAACAACAGAAUUGGUCACAACUGAUAUUGCUAGCCAUGCUUUGGCUGCUCUCAAGGAGAGUGCUAUAAGGAAGGUAUAUCUCGUUGGAAGACGUGGUCCAGUCCAAGCAGCUUGUACCACUAAAGAACUACGUGAAGUUCUUGGUAUCAAAGAUCUGCAUAUUCACAUACAGCAAGAUGAUCUAGUUAAAACCCCACUAGAUGAGGAAGAGCUUAAGAAUAAUCGGAUUCAGAGAAGGGUUUAUGAAUUUCUUUCUAAGGCAGCCACCUCAGGAGCUUCUCAUCCUUGUUCAGGUCAACGUGAACUCCACUUUGUUUUCUUUCGGAAACCUAAUAGAUUUCUAGAAUCAGAUGAAAGAAGUGGCUAUGUUUCUGGCAUCAGCCUAGAGAAGACAGUUCUUAAAGGUGUUGAACCUGGAAAACAGAUGGCUGUGGGUACUCAACAAUUUGAAUAUCUCGGAUGCGGAGUGGUGCUAAAGAGCAUUGGUUACAAGUCGAUACCAGUUGAUGGUUUACCCUUUGACCAUCAGAAAGGUGUUGUUCCAAACAUCAAUGGUCGAGUUUUAAGUGAUACAUCCAAAGAUCCUCCAGUUCUUGAGAAGGGUUUGUAUGUAUGUGGAUGGUUGAAGAGAGGACCCACUGGAAUCAUCGCUACAAACCUCUAUUGUGCUGAAGAGACUGUUGCAGCCAUAUCUGACGACAUUGAACAAGGAGUUGUACCAUCUUCAUCUAGCUUGCCUAAGCCAGGCAGAGAGGGUCUCCUCCAAUUACUAGAUAAUCGAAAUGUCAGAGUUCUACCAUUUAGUGCUUGGGAAAAGAUCGACUCUGAAGAAAGAAGGCUUGGGAAUUUAACAAACAAACCCAGAGAGAAACUGGCAGCAUGGGAAGAGCUAAUGAAAGUAGCAACGGAAUAAAAGACUAUUUUUGGCUUUUUUCUUAAAAAAUUUCUUAAAAAAUAAAAAAAUUAUUUUCCUUUUCUCUUGGGUAAGAAGAAUAAAACCAAUAUUUUUUUAACUCAAUUUUUUGGCUUGUUGGGGGUGUUCAUGGUUAAAUAUCAGAAUUUGAUAGUUCUCAUAGUUUCCCUGCUCUCAUUAUUUCAUUUUAGGUUUGACAAAGCUGGAGCAGAAUUACAUUGAAACUAGAUAGGUUGACAGUUUACCAUGAGUGUAUGAAACUAAACCAAAAUUUCUGUAUCCAAUAUAACAAAAUUCAUUUAAAUUAUCUUUUUAAAUGAUACAUGUUAAAAAUUGAAGUUAUUUUGUUUAGUUUAAAUUAUCUUUUUGAAUGAUACAUGUUAAAAAUUGAAGUUAUUUUGUUUAGUCAUUGUCAUUGCUGUCAUGGUGACAAAAUUCAUUUAAAUUAUCUUUUUGAAUGAUAACAUGUUAAAAAUUGAAGUUAUUUUGUUUAGUCAUUAUCGUUGCUGUCAUGGUCGCUAAGCUUAUCUUGUUUAUAGCCUAUCUUGUUUAUGAGAUCACUUCGCUAAGCUUAUCUUGUUUAUUGCCUAUCUUGUUUAUGAGAUCACUUUAUCCCAUAAGCUUCACUUGAAUUUACUUUUAAUGUGUUUCCACUAAUGCAAAUAUCAUCUCAUACAGCAUCACAAAAUGGGGUUUUCACUUCAGAACUUCAAACUCAGGGAUUU